AUGUCUCUUUUCCAAGAUCGUCACCCUCCGCCGGGAUGGAUCCAUGGCUUACUCACGGCCGCCUGCAUUCUGUCCAUUGCUCUUCCACCUGGGUUUCUUCGUGUCAGUUCUGGAGCUAUCAUAUCCGGCAUCUAUCUGUACAUGCUAGGCUGGACUGCCGAGCAAUCUCGGGAUGCAUACUUGCUCGGAGUCUCAACAAGCAUUCUCGUCUUGAGAUGGAUAGACCUGGUGGUACUGCACCGGCCAGAGAGGGACUUCUGGAAGAAAGCGGGUUCCGCCACUGGCCGAGCUGAUGGACGAGCUCCAAAUGAUGCUUUAGGACGGCUGAAGUGGUUCUUCUUCCUCUGGAACAACCAAAGAGGAGUGGGCUGGAACAUCGAACCGGACUGUCUUCCCCCACCGGUAGGAGAGGAUUGCCCUAGGUCAAGCUUCAUAAAGUACAAUCUGAUAUCUGGAUUGGCAGCAUAUCUUGGUCUCGAUGCGGUUCAAUUGAUGCUCCGAGACGCGUAUGCUCUGGAGAUUACACCUUUCUUUGAGAUGCCUAUGACCAAGCAGGUCUUUAUCUCCUGGGCCGCGGCUUUUAAACUCUACUGUACCAUAUCUCUGUUGUACUCAUUAGGUGCCGUUACUGUCCUGGUCCAUAUUUUCGAUCCUGUUGAUUGGCCGCCCAUGUUUGGAUCUUUUCACCAAGACGCGUGGAGUAUUCGCAGGAUGUGGGGAAAGUGUUGGCAUCAAAUGAUGCGACGACCAUGUGCCGAAGCUGGGCGAAUUACGAAAGAAGCCUGUGGUUUGCGCAAAGGCACUUUUGGCAGCAGAUAUUCCCAGAUCUGGAUUGGCUUUGCGAUGAGUGCUCUCAUACAUCACGCCGGUGCUACUGUGAGCAUGUUCGCAGAUGGUGGUUAUUGGCAGGCCAUGUUCUUUAUGGUGCAGCCAGUAGGUAUUAUGUUCGAAGAUGGGAUCAUCGAAGCUGGAAAGCGAUUUGGUCUCGAUCCGGCGAUUAGGAUAUUGCUGGGUAUUUUUAUGGUUCUCUUGGUCUUUGAGAUUCAUAGUUUCGUUUCAGCCGAAAUCAUGGCAUGA